GUGGACUUGGUUUUUCUUUUAUUAACUUUCUUAUUUUUUGUACUUUGUGUGAGAUCUUUAGAAAAUUCACGUGGUGCAUGGUAGAUUUAAGCUAGUUAAAUGGGUGUCGGUUCCACGAGCUGCAUAAAAUUUUGGGACUGUUCUUCGGGGUUUUAUGUAUCCGUUGUUGGCUAAACUAUUGAAUUUGUUUUUUUACUUGCCAUAUCCAGAAGGCGACACGAGCAGUAGAUUGUUGGAGUCCGUCAUGAUUAAACGGACACCAAAUAGAAACGCUAGAUCCAAAGGCUUCAAGGCUAAGCAUGCUCUUCAGAUUUGUUUAUUGCUUGGUGUCUGCUUCUGGUUAAUCUAUCAAGUCAAGCAUUCUCAUGAGAAGAAGAAGGAGUUUGAUGAGAAAGAUGCAAAGGUCUCUAUCAGAAGUCAGAGCGGUGACGAUUUCUCAAUCUUAGGAAGGAAAAGUCUACUGCCUCGAGUGCAGGAGACGAGUAAAGAUGAUAAACACGAGGAAGAUGAUGAAGAAGAAACAACAACAGAGGAAGAAGUUAAUAAGAAUGAAGAAAAUAAACUUGAGCAAAAGCAGGUAGAAAAUGAAAUUAAGCGUGAAGAGGAAGAGCGAGAAGACGGAAACAAUCCCGAAGACAAAGAAGAAGAAGAAGAAGAGGGGGAAGAAGGUUUUAAGAAGGAAGAAGCAAAAGAGGGAGAAGACGGAAAGAAGCAUGAAGAUGAGGCACGAGAAUAUGAAGAAACUAAACGGGAAGAGGAAGAGAGAGAGAAAAAUGAAGGAAACAAGCCCGAAGAUGAAGAGCAAGAAGAAGAAGAAACUAAGAGUGAAGAAACGGAAGAGGAGGGAAGAGGAGGGGGCGAUGAUGAGAUAGAUGAACAUGAUCAAGAGAAGACAGAAGGAGAAGUUGAUCGUGAGGAUUUUGUCGAUGACGAGAAAGAGAGAAUAUUAGAAGGUGACGAGAAGGAAAGUACAAAUGAUGAAGGUGAAAAUAAGGAGUCUCUAAUAGACAAUGAAGCUUCGACUGAGGAUCGGGAUCACGAUGGCGGUGUACAACAUGAUCACGAGGCUCGGGAAGUUAAUUACAGGGCUGAUGAUGCUUCCAGUGCGGUGACCCAUGAUACCCCAGCCAUAAGCAUGGACCUUGAGAAAGGAAGUUCGGAUAGCUCAGAUGUGAACUCAGUAUUGAAUAAUUCAGAACUGGAGAUGAAUUCCGAUAAUCACAGUGGAGAUCAGAAUAACUCGACACUACCGCUGAAAGAUGGUGAGAGUGACCCUUCAUUGAAUGUCACUCAUGGUGAAGACAAGGGUGAUGAGAUUAUCAACUCUGAAAAGCUGCCGAAUAAUGCAACGACAGAUUCCCAAUUUAAUAUUCAGAUUGAAGCAAGCAAUGACACGAUGAAUGUGAAUGCAGAAGGUGGCAGUAAUCCAGCUGAUGGGAGCAAUGAAUCUUCUGGUACGACCGAGAAGAAUGAAACGGUAGAGACGUAUGAUUCAAAUAAAUCUCAAAAUGUGACCAGUGGUGGUGAUGGGGAAACGUUGAGCUUAAAAACCACUGAAUCAGAACAAGUCAACAAUGCGGUCACUUCUGAUGGCAAGGAACUGAUUUCUAAUUCAAAUAUCUCGGAUAUAAAUGCGAAUAGUGACUCGCUUUUUGGAGACUCAAAUAAUGGUUCAGAUACGACCGUUAAACCUGAAGUUACAGCUGAAGUAGAGGUCAAUACUGACUCAAGUUCAGCGAAAAAUGAGACUACCGAUGCUUCUCAAAAUGAGAACUUGAUCAUCGAGAGUAAAUCAGGUGAGACCGACGAAAGCACGGACUCUUCUGCAACAGAUGGCGAUGGGACUGAAGUUGUUCAUGACCCCAUUGACACAUCCGAUUCUUCCAUUGGACAAGACGAGAAAGAGGCUCGCAUUGAUUUGGGUACGCUUCCAGAUAAUAACUCAGAAGCUGUUAACAGCCGCGAUGCAGCAACAGAAUAAGAACUCUUACAAAACAUCUUUUCGUGCUUACUGAGCGACUUGAAGUUUGGAGUCGACUCGAAAUAUCAACCUCUGUCACAUGUCAGUAUGCGUGUUUUUUUAGCAUUUCAGGGAAAUGUCUGCAGUUCGACGUUGUUAACGGGGAGUUUGAUGUUGUUAACGGGUUCGUAUCCGUGUAAUUUAUGGUAACUUGAUUUGUUUAAAUUAUUUAACUUUAUUCUAUAGGUGUAUGCUGAUGUUUGUUGUUUUUAAAAGCAGAAAGGUUUUGUUCAAUGGUAAUGUAUCAUAGAUGUUGCAAUUGGAAUGAGUUUAGGUUGAGAAAAUUUA